AUGAAGAAGCAUAUUGGUUGUCAAAUUUUUGCAGAAAGCCGAUUUGGCUGAUGCUGGUGGAAAAUAGUGAUUUUUCUUCAUUUUAUAAUAUUUUAUUCAUUUUAUUUUGCCCUAGAAACCAGUACAUAGUGUAUUAGAAGCUGAAUUUCUUCAGUUAAAUGUAAAAUGGUGGAAACUGACGAUGCAGCGGAGCUUCUUUUCUUUGACACCUUUUCACAUGAAGUGGACACGGACAUCAAUCUCGAUCUUGUGCAGUUUCCAAAGCCAGUGUAUAUCACUCAAGUGCGCAUAAUACCAUUGGGAGCACGCGUGCAAGCCGACUUUCCCGGCGGUGUGCGCCUCGGUGCCACCAAUCCCUCAAAAUUUGAUAUUGAAUUUUUCGUCAAUGAUUUGGGCAUGCCGGGUGCCUCCACAUUUGAAAAUUUAGGUCAAUUAAAGUAUAAUCAAAACGAUUGCAUUCAUCUAGAAUGUACACAAGAGAAAAUACCCACUGAUGGUUUGGUAUUACGUGGCUGGUAUAGCACAAUUACUUUGGCAGUGUAUGGUAUACUAACCAAUUCGAUGACUGAACCAAUUGCAAGCCCACCACCGCUACCUUGCGAACCAGCUGGUCCUGAAGAGAUUUGCAAUUUAAGUGGCAGUGGUGAAACGCGUGAACCAAGCUUGCUGGAGGAGACAAGCAAAGACGAAUGGAAGGAACCUUUACCGAGUGAGGUGCCAUCUGUACAUAAAGCGAAUCUUAGCGAUUUUGAGCGGGAUGAGUUGGAGUAUGCCGGUGGGCGGAAUGACCACUACCAACAAUCCGGAGAUGAACGUGAACGUGGCAUGCGAAAGACUUCGCAUUCUUCGGAGCGCUCUUUACCUUCGCGUAAUCGCACCCACUCGGAGAGUAAUGAAAGAGAAUAUUUGCGCUCACGUGGUGAACGUGAUCGUGAGAAAAUCUCGCGGGACUGGUCACGCAGCCCUGAUUACUCGCAUCGUUCGCGUCGCAAACGUUCGGAGCGUUCACGUUCAGACGCCGAGGAGUCACAUAAAUGGCCGCCACGCACGCCACCUGUAUCGAUCGACUCGCCAACACGUCCUCGGUCUCCUGACAAUAUGGAGUAUUCGGAAGACGAUGUGCAUUAUAAACUUAAAAAGCGUAGUUACAUGCGUUCCGAUGAGUCUUUGACUAACGGUGCACCGGAUACACAAACUAUAGACGAUGACGAAACCCCCGGCACGCCUGGUGAACAAUAUGAACCCAUACUCAGCGAUGAUGAGAUUAUUGGCGAUGACGAUUCCAAUGCUGCAAUUGAACAAACCUUGGGCAACGAGCUCGAAGCAGACAUGGUAGCGGCAGCUGCUGCGGCUGGUCCCGCCAUAAUCGAAUUCGAUCCAUUUACUAUGCCAAUUUGUCGUUAUAAUAGCGAAAUGCAAGCAUUGUAUCGUAAGGACCUGGAAACGUUGGCAGCUAUUAUGCGAAAAUAUGAACUGCAAACGAAAUGUACCAGCCUAGAGGCUUUCAAUGAUGCGGCCACUACCGUUGAAGAGCGUGAGAAUUUUGUCUAUUUGAGCGAGCAGCUUAUCAAUCAGUUAUCUUACAUAUCGCAACAAUUCAAGCGGCGCAAUUUUGUGCUUCAACAAUUUUAUAAAAGCGAACCGGGUCACUUGGCAAAAUCAUUUAACAUACUGAAAAUUGCUUUAGAAUUCGAGUCGGCUUGUCUGCAACAGCAGCCAGCUUUCAAAAUACGUCAUAUAAAAGUAGGCGCUCGCCUCGCCGAACUUUUAGCCUCAGCUCCACAAUUUAUGGACUACCUAUUGAACACACAAAAAUUCGAUCCUUUCACAGCUCUCUUCAAACUGUACAAAGAAAACUAUAUGGCGGUAUCGAUCAAGCUUAUGCUGCUCAAGGCAGUUUACGCCUUGCUAGAUACCAAAGAAGGCAUACGUUACUUCCUUGUAGGCGGCGAAACAAACGGCUAUCAGUUGCUGCUGAAUAUUUUGCAGCAGUCGCAUUUGACUCGCACCAAAUUCGCAUUGCAAUCGAUUGUAAAGAAGUUGCACUUGAACGAGGCGCUGGAAUGUGUGCGGGAAAGCUGCAGCAAAUUAUUCAUACUGACCAAUUAUACUACUGGCACAGCACCUGAACAGUAUGCUGCCAUCGAGCAAUCUAUCGAGCAAAUUAUGGAUUCUUUAGUGGACAAUUCGUUGUCCUAUCAGCAACCGAAACGAUUUCUACCAGUCUCAAAGAAGUUCGAAAUUGCUGUGGAUACCGCAGCACAACGCGGCUUCGCCAAUGCACUACAGUCCUACUUUGUGCAACAUACGCUAGGUGAAUCCCUGCUUCUGCUGCUGAUCAAUGCCAAUGAGGUGCCAUCGUCGUUGCUAUUGCGUGUCCUAGAUUUGUUACAAACUUUGUUGCAGACGCAUGUGGGUGUGGAUUAUUUUGUAGAUGAUUGUUUUGAAACGACGCAGUUGUUGGUAGCUGCACUGCUGGGCAUAGAGGAAGUGCCCGAAGAUGUGACGCCUACAGAGGAACAGGACUACAAAUUGAAUGUGAAAGUUGCUGACGAUACGUCCGCCCAACCCAAAAUAGAAGCUGAGAGUUUAGAAAAUGCUGUUAAGAAGACUGAAAGCGAAACCACAGCCGACACUACCAUAGACGCUCAGCCGAAAGCUAAAGAAUCAAAAGAGGAUGAAAAAGAGUUGCAGAACUCUGAACACUCAAAGGAAUCCACACCAGCAAGCACUGAAGCAAAAGCACAACCGCUUCGGAAACCCUUACUGGAUCGCCUACAACAACUCGGCUCUGAGCUGGCGCACAAAGUGCAGACACGCUACCAUUUGGAUGCUAUUAUGCAUCUGACACGCGCCGAAAACUAUGACAUCAUCCGGCUUGCUACACAUUUGCACGCACUGUACUCACAGACCUGUAACACAGCUGGACGACAACAUACGGUCGAAGUGAUAGGCAUGAACAACAAUAUGCAGUUCUUAAUGGAUCUCAUACAGAAGGAACAGCAUUUACAAGCGCAACGACAAGUCGCCUCACCGGGUGCCAAAUACAAAAGUCCUGUGCUUAGUUAUGCUGUGGACAUGGUGGAUUGCUGCGUGCGCCACUGCGAGCAGUUGGACUAUCUGAUUGAGCACGGCGCCAGCAUACUCGAAUUGGCAAAGAAUCAUGAAAAUUUUGAGCCUUCAGUAUCGGCUGUGUUGCAAGAGAUGUUUGUAUACUUGAAACCUUUGGAAUCCUUAAAUAUUUUCGCAUACGACAACAUUACACCACUAGUUGAGGUAAUAACGCGUUCGCUGGAGUAUAUAACCACCUUUCCUGGCGAUUUGAUUAUGGGUUUGCGUAUCUUGCGUCACCUAGCCAUUGGCCCCACCUGCAAAGCAUUCCGCAGUUCCAAUACAGAGCAGCUGAAAUAUAGAUUUGUGACGCUGCAGUUCUAUGCCGCUGAUGGUGUGCAAACUAUUGUGCAAAUACUUGAGAAAUUAUGUUCAUAUUUUGAACAACCGGGCCUACACACACCGGCUCUGGUGACUCUGCAGGGCCUACAUUGCUGUCAGAUAAUAUUACCGGCUUUGCAAGUGCUGCGCGCUAUGCUUUCUUAUGCAAUACAAUGUCGAGAUGUGGAAUUUAAGGACUUGACUGCCAUCGAUCAUCUAAUGAAAGCAUAUUUCCUGUUGCAUUAUUUUCCGUCUUCCAGUCAUGCGGCGCUUGAAAUAGCACAAGCCAAGCAGGAAAUCAUACAGAUAUUGCUGGCAUAUACGCAGCCCAACGAACAGGACGAGGAAUCGCUGCAUAAAUCAUUGUGGACGCAAAUGAUUAGAGAAAUAUUAAAGAACAUUGACGGUCCGGCUACAUUCAUACCAGGCUUGCAUGUGCUCGCCGAAUUGCUGCCGCUACCAUUACCCAUACCAUUGCCCGCCGAUUCGCAGCUACCCGAAACUCAAACUCAGCGCUUGAUUACCGAGCGGAAGCUUUGGUCAGCACAUUUGCAUCCGCAGAGCGCACAAAUCGCCAAACUUAUUGAAACCAUUGCACCUUCCACUUUUCCGCCUCUGGUGGAUCUAAUGACAAAAGUGUGCCUACAACUUGCUGACUUGGCUCCCAACAUGACGCUACUCAUUUCAAAAACUCUUAGCGAUUUAUUGUGCGCCGAAUGGCAUUCAGCUUCUGCCACGCCCAGUGCACAAUUAGCGCGCUUGUUGAACUUCUUCGCGCGUUUAACGCCUUUCGCCGCUUUGAAGAUUUCCGCGAUGUCCAUACUCAGCGGGAAGUUGUGGGAACUCUUCCAAUUGGUGCUCUGUUAUGCUGGGCCUGCGUCAGAGGUUGUGCAAAAGUGCCAAUUGGCCAUACAGCAUAUUUUAAAGAAUUUUAUAGACGCGGGAAUAUCGUUCGUUUCACCAAAAUCCACAGCAACGCCAGAAUUGAAUUUGGCCGCUGCAUUGCCGGCGAAGGAGUUGUUGCCGCGCAUUGUUGAAGCUAUACUAACAAACCUGUUCAAUAGUGAUGCACAGCAGGAGAUGUGCGAGUUGGCGUUGAAUAACUUGAACCUUUUAACAGAACUUGACAUAACGCUAUUUCAUUUGACGCAGCAGCUCAAACAGAGACGUGCUGAAUUCCAACAAUGGCUCGAAAAGUUCCUUAAUUACGCUGAAUCAGAGCGGGCGCGCUUACCCUCCAUUGAGUUUCUUAUAGCUUUUCUACACUCGCUGACGCAUAUUGCUGAAUACUUGCAGCAACAGCAAGCUAUACCCAUACGUACCAUUAAAUGGAGUGCCUCGCAGCUGUCUAACUUGCUAGGUUUUCAAAAGAACGCGAAGCCCCAUCUAAUUCAACGCUUGAGUGCCGCGCACACAAAAUGUAAGGAAAAAGCGCCCACACAAAUUAAGGUAGAGGAUGACAGUACUUCCGCUAAUAAAUUGUUGCCUGAUGUUACCACACUGUUGGAAUCCAUUGAUAGCGCUGCGUCAGCCGAAAAUGAUGAAGAAGCUGCGAAUGUUGCGGAACCAACACUUCCGCAAAGUGAGGGCAUUGUCAUGCAAUUUGUUGCACGCCCCAUUUUCGUUGAAUUUUACGAUUCAGCGGAUGAAACGCAGCUGCAGGCGCGCUACUGGUUGCAAGCUGCCUGUGUAGACUACGAUGAAUGCAAGUACGAACGCGUCGCUUGCGACUUAACCGAGUUGGCUGCAGAAUGCUUGUCCCCCGAGACGAAUCUCACAUCAGAUUGCAAGCGCGUUCUACAUUUGUCUGCUUCACCGCAAUCGAAUCGCGAGCGCACGCCCACAGCGCCAUGCUUCCGCACGCGCCGUGUUGAGGUGGAGCCGAGCACUGGACGACCAGAAAAGAAAAUCUAUAUCACGCCCGUGCGCGGUCGUGGUUUUGCGCGCGCGCCCCCGUCACGCGGUGAUCUCUUCCGCUCACGUCCACCGAAUACAUCGCGUCCGCCAUCAUUGCAUGUGGAUGAUUUUCUUGCAUUAGAGACUUGCGGCGCGCAACCUACUGGCCCAACGGGCUACAAUAAAAUACCUCCUAUUAUGCGUGGUUCACGUGUAGGGCGCAAUCGUGGUACACGUAUUUCGACGGCAGCGGCAUUUCGCAAAUCCAAAGUUAUGCGCACGUCUUCGCCCUCAACUUGGGCAGACGGUGGGUCGCCGCAUUAUCGCAGCGCCACCACCGAACCACACUUUGGCGAAACGCAUUACUCGGGCAAUUCGCAUUUCGGUGGACGCUCACGUGGUCGUGGCGGCCGCCCGCGACCCUAUCUACGCUAGGAUUUAAGCAAAACUAAACAAAAUGGACAUAAUUUAAGUUAACUUAACUUUUUUAUUAAAAAUAUAAAAGUACAUUUAAACACACAUAAGUAAACGUGAA